AUGCUCUGCUGUUAAGGAUUAAAUUCUGGUUUGUUAAGAUGGCUGCCGUUUGUUUGUGCAAUUUCUAUUUUGUUCUUGUUUUAUAAUGGAUAGCGAUUGUCAAUCAUUUUCAAAUAACAAAACGUACUUUGAUAUAAAUUUUGAUUCAAAAGAUGAUUAUCUUGACGAAUUUAAUAAUUCCAAAGAUGUUGUUCUUUCAUCUGAAACUGAAGUACUUAAUAAAAGUUCAGGUGCAGAUUUAAAAAAUCAAACUAAAUCUUUGGAUAAUUCCAAAAAAGACAAAAGAAAACGCUCAUCUUCAUACUUUAUUUCAAGCAAAGAGAUUUUUUCUAGUGUUAAUAGCACUUCACAUUAUUUAGAUACUAUUGAAAAAACAUUGGUUGAUCAUCCUGAUGAGGUUGAGGAUUUAAAAAGUUCGUUUGAUAAAUAUUCAUUAGCUGAAAACAAUGAUGUAAUUAAGAUUAAUGAUCAUAACCAUGAGUACACACCGUUACAAAAUGAUAUCUCUUUACAUUUCUAUAACAAUGUCAAUCUUAAUAAAGAGAAAAAAAAUGCAGCUAGAUCAACUGUUGAUGGGUUAUUAUUUGAAAUAUAUGAUCGAAAUUACCAAAACAGUAGUAGUUCUGCUGUUUGUGGAGAUAGUGAUUUUACAGAAUGUUCAACUACAAGUGUAGCUAGUGUUUUUGUGACUUCAAGCUUUGAAAACGAUGACAGACCUAAGCUUGAUUGGAGCUACUUAGAAACCAAAGAUAUACCUGAGUUAGAGAAAAUGAUAAGAGAAUUAAAAAGAGGCUCAAAUAUGCUUUCUUCAAAAUUGGUUCGUCUUCUAAAGCAGCGAGAUAGAAAUGCUCAUAAAAUACAGGAAAAUUUCAAUAUCUUAACAGCUCUUCUACAAGCAGUUUCACCUAAACGCAGAGUUGAUACUCGAAUUCGAUUUUCGUUUAUACCUCGGUCAGGAACACGUGGAUUUCGUCAGUGGGUCGAUGCUAUAAAAUCUAUUGCAAGAAUUCAUCCUGGAAUCCCAGUUGAUUGGAGAAAGAGAACAUGGCUUUCAUUGGCUGAAUAUUUUUUAAAAGAUAUAGAUUGGGAGCAAAUAAAAAAACAAUGUUUUAAUGAUCGAUGUAAUCCUGAUGAUGAUCAGUUAGAUAGCCAAAUUGUAAAGGAUUUGCAUCGCACAGGUUGCGGGUGGUUUUUUGAGCAUGAUACAACAGAGGAUAGAGCUAGCCUUAAAAGAGUGUUACUUGGAUAUGCUCGUUGGAACAAAGUUGUAGGGUACUGCCAAGGGUUUAAUGUCAUAGCUGCUUUAAUAUUACAAGUGAUGAAUGGAAAUGAAGAACAAGCCUUAAAGGUAAUGAUAUAUGUAAUUGACUAUGUACUUCCACGCAAUUAUUUUUCAAACAACCUUCAUGCCCUAUCUGUAGACAUGGCUGUAUUACGAGAUCUGAUGAACAUAAAGUUACCUGAGUUGGCUCGUUUACUGCAACAUCUUCAAAAAGAAGCAAUGAACUCAAAAUUAAAUUCAAGUGCAAGCUAUGAGCCACCACUUAUAAAUAUGUUUACUAUGCAAUGGUUCCUAACUUUAUUUGCAACAUGUUUACCACGUCAUACUGUACUUCGAAUUUGGGAUUCUGUUUUGUUGGAAGGCUCAGAAGUUUUAUUAAGAACAGCAUUAGUGUUAUGGUCAAAUUUAGCAUGCCAUUUCGAAAAUGUAAACUCUGCACCAGAUUUUUAUAUGAAAAUGGGACAACUGAUACAGGAUCUUAUGAGUGAUGAUUUUGUUAAUGUUCAAAAGUUAAUACAAUCUGUGUAUCAAAUGGCUUCGUUUCCAUGGAAAAUGCUUGUUGAGUUGCGUGAAAAGUAUACCUAUGAUAUUCAUCCGUUUACAACUUUCAAUACUGAAAAAAAAGCAGAAAAAUAUAACAAAGUCAAAAAAUUUGUAAGUGAUGAAGAAGACAGUGCUGCUGAUGAUCAAGUCCCAGGCUGCUUAGGUUUUGUAAAUGUUCAGCACGAUCACGUAACUAACAAAAAAUCAGAGCAUCUAAAGAAAUCUGCAUCAAAUGGAAAAUCAGAUAUUACUAAAGUUACACCAGGAGCCUAUAUAACAGAUAGAGAAUCGCAAAACACAUAUGAAGAACAAAUGAAAGAAAAUGAGCGGAUAAGAGAAAACGAAAAAUUAGAUUUGGCUGCUUUACAGUCACAGUACGGUCGCAUGAGGAGGCUUCAACAAAAUGCUAUGAUAGUUUUUAACUCAGACAAUUUUAAGAAAGAUACUAAUUCUUUGAAAGUAUCACCAAGUGCUAUUAAUCAUCUCUUUGUUGAUGUGUCUAAAGUGGCUCCACCUAGAAUAAGAUACUCUAGGAGAUCUCGUAAGCAGUUUCCAGCUCUAAAAGCUCCUAGUAAAGGAGUUCCUUCUCUCAUACCCGUUAAGGAUGAUAUGGUCAUAAAGGAUGGUGAUGAAGACGUUAUAGUACAUGUUCAAAAAACGACAAUAAAUUCGAUUGAGUCUAAACCCUACGAAGCUUCUGAAAUCGGACAACUUUUUGAAAGAGGCUUGGAAAAAAAGGACUAUCAGAACGAUAACGGCAGUGUAAUUAACUCUAAUAGCUUUCCUACCAGUCCAAUCAACUUAAAACUAGAUUUAAAUUCAUCUGGUAAUGCGGGUUUUCAGAAAUUGAAAAACACAAAUAAAAAAAAACUUUUACCCAUCGUAAAUGAAACUGAUUUAAAAUCUUCAUCUGGAUUAUUUAACGUUGAUCGUUCUGCUAUUUAUCCACCAAAUUUUAAUCCUUUCCCCGAAAGAAACUGCUCAAAUAAAAAAUGUUUGCAAGUCAAAUAAGCAUGGUUAAAUGAAACUUACCUAUUCGUUGUAAAACAAAAGUGUAUGUAAGUUUUACGUAAAUAUUUGUGGCGUUGGGCUCAUCUUGGUUUGUGUAAUGGUAAACGUGGAAUAAUUGGUUAUCGCCUUCUGACAAUAAACAAGAAGAUAAAAUAUUGGCUUCUAAUCUUAAUGCUUUGGUGAUAGAGAUUUAUACAACUUUUUUGCUAAAAUUGUAAAUAUUUAUUUUUGAUUAAAUUAUUUCUAUAGGAA